CAUCAAUUGCCGAAGCAAUUGAGGAGAUGCUAGUAAAAUGGAAAAUCCCCAAGUCCAACGUUCAUGUUGUUUUGCGCGACAACGCUAGCAACAUGAAGAAAGCCAUGGACGAGAUGGAUGUAGCAAGUUUGGGAUGCUUCGCCCACACUCUCCAGCUGGUGGUGCAUGAAGGACUACUGUCACAGAGAAGUGUGAGUGAUGCACUGGCGAAUGGUAGGAAGAUAGUCGGUCAUUUCAAACACUCGCCACUGGCUACUACACGCCUGGAGGAAAUUCAAAAAGAUCUCCAAAUGCCCACCAAACGUCUGCACCAAGACGUAGCAACACGAUGGAACAGUACCUACUAUAUGGUCGAAAGUUUACUGGAGCAGAAGCGGUCAAUUUCAGCAUAUGGAGCUGACCACGACCUGCCAGUGACCCUUACAUCUUACCAGUGGGCUUUACUGGAGAAAAUCAUCAUUGUUCUGGCACCAUUUGAAGAACUGAUCAGACAGAUUAGCUCCUCCACCUCUUCUGCAGCUGAAGUCAUUCCCUCAGUCACAGUGCUGAAACGCCUGCUUGCUCGGGAGAACGAGGGGGACACGGGUAUAAAAACCAUGAAAACAACCCUUCUUGAGGCUGUCCAGAAAAGAUUCAAGACCAUCGAGAAUGAGCCCUUGUAUGCAGUUGCCACUCUUUUAGACCCACGAUUCAAAGACAGAUACUUCACAGGAGCAGACAGCAACAAGAAUGCCAAGGAUGCUCUGACCCAAGAGGUGGAGAAGAUGGAGGCAGCGUUACUGAGCAGGACCACACCUGAGGGAGCAGAGACAGUGCCAGAAAACCCCCAUAAAGCCCCACGUCUGGAAGCACAGCCAGACAGCAGCAGCAGCAGAAAGAGCAGCUUGAAAGGCCUGUUUGAGGAAAUCCUGCAGGAGCAUGAUGAGGAACGUGGGGCAAGUAGCACUAGCACACAAGUUCAAAAUCAAAUACAGACAUAUUUGACAGAGCAAACGGUCCCACGCUCAGACAGCCCAUUCCAGUACUGGGGAGUCAACCAAAUUCGUUUUCCCACCCUGGCUGCCACUGCUGCAAAGUUUCUCUGUGCUCCUUGUACCAGUGUUGACAGUGAGAGACUGUUCAGUGUAGCAUCCAACAUUAUUGAUGCAAGAAGGAACAGGCUAGGAGGAGAGAGGGCAGAAAUGCUCAUCUUCUUGAAGAAGAAUCUGCCUUUGCUCUUGAAAUUAUGAGCAAUACUAAAUUGCUUAAAUGCUACUGCAAUGUGUAGCCUACUUGGUGUAAAGUAUUUUUUGUUUAAUAUGUAGCUGCUACUCUUUUGAUUUGUAUUUUUGUUUAUGUUUACUUUAUAGGUUGGUGUUGCACUAUUGUUAAAUACUGCACUAUUUGAAGAUUUGAAUGCCUUUUUAUAACAUAAUGGCUGCACUUUAAGUUUUUUUUUUUAAAGGAAUCAUUGAAGUUGCUGUUGGACUACUGUUUUAUACUGUUCUAUUUAAAUGCCUUUUUUAUUUUACAAUAUUGUGGCUGCACUUUAUUAAAAAAAAAAAAAUCCUAUAUUUAUUUAGUUAAGUUGCUGUUGGACUACUGUUUUAUACUGUUCUAUUUAAAUGCCUUUUUUAUUUUACAAUAUUGUGGCUGCACUUUAUUUAAAAAAAAUAAUUAUUCCUAUAUUUAUUUAGUUAAGUUGUUGUUGCAAUACUGUUUUAUACUGUUCUAUUUAAACAUUUAAAUGCCUUUAUUUUACAAUAUUGUGGCUGCAGUUUAAUUAAAAAAAAAUAAUUAUUCCUAUAUUUAUUUAAGUUGCUGUUGCACUACUGUUAUACUGUUCUAUUUAAAAAUAAAUGGCUUGCAUUUCCUCUAUUCAUUCAUGUUUUACAAAGGGUUUAACCUGAGCCAGACCUUACCACAAUGAUAAUAUCACAGUUAUGCAGGCAUAGUAUGAUCUUUUCCUUUUUUUUUAACACACUGGUAUCGGUACUCGGUAUCGGUCGAUACCCAAAGCACGAGUAUCGGAAUCGUUAUCGGGAGGGAAAAAAUGGUAUCGGA